CUUGUGUGGGUCCGCCAAGCUGCGACCAACCGAAAUUCCCAAAAAUCGAAUUUCCGGGAGAAACGCGAAGAGCCUCUGGUUAGCCCGUUUGGGAUGCUUGAAUUCGGUGCAGAUUCGACGGGGGGCAAUCCGGAAAGACCAGAUUUCACUGCGAUAGCCGGAUUACGGCGGGUCGUAAAUCCAGAAGUGGAGCUGCGAAAGCAAGGACACGACAACCGGGUUUUUGUUAUGUUUCGGUUUUUUUGGUUUUCGUUUCCUUGCUUAUGGCGUUUCCAAUCUGCUGCCUUCCCCCUGCUAUAA